UCAACGUCGAGGGGCCCCUGCCGAACCCUGAGGUGGAUAUUGAUCUAAUAAAGCCCGGGGUGAAGGUUGACAUUCAAGAUUCCGAUGCUCGCGAUGAGGACACCGACUUUGACACGGAGUAGGAUGUUUCAACACGAGAAGUAUCGCUGCUUGGGCGCGCAGAUACCGGUUGGCCUGAUCAGCAGAGUGUGCUGUAACCUCAUUCUCGUUGGGGUAGCUUUUUCAUCUGCUUUUAGGGAGGAUAGUGCUUUUGUAUUAUAUAGAAUUUGUAGCGUUUUAUGUUGUAGUUUUCUCAAUCCCGUGGUCAGUCGCAUUUGAGGCAGACUCUUGUCCCGUCUAAACACUUCUCUGA